UUGGAAGUUCACGAAGUGCCGGCAAGAGAUUCCUAAAAAGGGAAAUCGUGUCAGUGUGUAAAUCAAAGGGUUCGAUCUAAGGAAAAAAUAAAACAGCAGCAAAAUGUGCGAUGACGAAGUAGCAGCCCUCGUCGUAGACAAUGGCUCCGGCAUGUGCAAGGCCGGUUUCGCCGGAGACGACGCUCCCCGCGCCGUCUUCCCCUCGAUCGUCGGUCGACCUCGCCAUCAGGGAGUGAUGGUCGGUAUGGGUCAGAAGGACAGCUACGUGGGUGACGAGGCCCAGAGCAAAAGAGGUAUCCUGACUCUGAAAUACCCGAUCGAGCACGGUAUCAUCACCAAUUGGGAUGACAUGGAGAAGAUCUGGCAUCACACCUUCUACAACGAAUUGCGUGUCGCUCCGGAGGAACACCCUGUCCUUCUUACCGAAGCGCCCCUCAACCCGAAAGCUAACCGUGAAAAGAUGACGCAGAUCAUGUUCGAAACCUUCAACAGCCCGGCCAUGUACGUCGCCAUCCAGGCCGUCCUUUCCCUGUACGCUUCCGGUCGUACCACCGGUAUCGUCCUGGACUCCGGUGACGGUGUCUCCCACACUGUACCCAUCUACGAGGGCUACGCCCUUCCUCAUGCCAUCCUCCGUCUGGACUUGGCCGGUCGCGAUCUUACCGACUAUCUCAUGAAGAUCCUCACCGAGAGAGGCUACAGCUUCACCACCACGGCUGAGCGAGAAAUCGUUCGCGACAUCAAGGAGAAACUCUGCUACGUCGCCCUGGACUUCGAGCAGGAAAUGGCCACCGCCGCCGCCAGCACCUCUCUCGAGAAGAGCUACGAGUUGCCUGAUGGUCAAGUCAUCACCAUCGGUAACGAGAGGUUCCGUACACCCGAGGCCCUCUUCCAGCCUUCCUUCUUGGGUAUGGAAUCUUGCGGUAUCCACGAGACCGUCUAUAACUCCAUCAUGAAGUGCGACGUCGAUAUCCGUAAGGAUCUCUACGCCAACAACGUUCUCUCCGGUGGUACCACCAUGUACCCCGGUAUCGCCGAUCGUAUGCAGAAGGAAAUCACCGCACUCGCGCCCUCGACCAUCAAGAUCAAGAUCAUCGCUCCCCCCGAGAGGAAAUACUCCGUAUGGAUCGGUGGUUCCAUCUUGGCUUCUCUGUCCACCUUCCAACAGAUGUGGAUCUCCAAACAGGAAUACGACGAGUCUGGCCCUGGCAUUGUCCACCGCAAAUGCUUCUAAGCGAGUCAUUGCACGAUCGUCACAACAGCGUAAUUUUCGAAAAAACAUCAUCGUACCUCGGGAAGAAGACACAAAUUGCAUGCAGUUCUGGCCCGAGCAAUCAAGCUGCUAUGAGAAAACAUCGUCACAGCAUCAUCAUCGACUUUCAGUCCUCAUUGGAUCUCAUCGAAUCAUUGUCGCAGUCUCUCUCGUCGUUGCGCAAACAACGACGGCCUGGCUGAUCAUUCUUGUCGUCGCAGCUUUCUAUAAAACUGCGUUCGACAGAUCAUUGCUCACUUAAUGUCAUCAUCACGGCCGAGGAAGCGGUCGGCGAGAUUGUCUCUCGUCACAGAGCCUCUCUCGUGGUAGCCUGGACGUUGUCGAACGUUGGAAAGGAUCUUCGGACACAUGGAUAGAUGCUACCAAGUGCAUCUUUCGAACCACGAAAGGGACAUUCUGGACAUAAGGACAUGCAGGGACCUCGACAGAUUACGCUUGGCAAUGAGUUUCGAGACUACUUCGAGAAGGCUGCGCUCUAUUAACUGUCACGCGAGCGUUCUCACCACCGUUUGAGAAAUCGAUCCUCUCUUAAUACGUAUUACAUAUUAAUUAUGUCUAGUCUGCUAACCAAAGCAACUAAGCAUCUACCGAUGUACUUCUAUAUUUUAAUUUAUUUUGUAAAUAUUAUACAUUAUGUUACUAUAUAUUGUUAUACAAUGUCAAAGUCAAUUCAAAUACACAUUAUAUCACACUA